AUGCCCUAUGUGGGUCCACCUCUCCAAAGAAAUCUCCAAGUGGGGAACCCCAUCCCAAGAGACCCCUUCUGCCUCUUCCAUGGGAUUCCUCCACUCCAAGAGCUCCCGUCCCCCUCUAUCAACCCCUUUCCCCCUGACCACCGUUCUCCCUCACCUCCAGGCUUCCUGCUCUCCAAGUGCUGCUUCCCCAUCUUCAAAACCAAGGCUGGCAAAGCCAAGCGGGUGCGCACCAUCUUCACCAGUGACCAACUGGCACGGCUGGAGAAGGAGUUUGCCCGGCAGCAGUACAUGGUGGGCACGGAGAGGUGCCUGCUUGCCUCUGCGCUGCACCUCACUGAGGAGCAGGUGAAAGUCUGGUUCCAAAACCGAAGGAUUAAGUGGAGAAAGCAAAGCCUGGAGCAGCAACAAGCCAAACUGGCCAAGAUGGGCCUGGCCAACCCACAGAGGAGCCCUGACUCCCAGAGCCACCAUGGUGAUGAGGACAAGGACUGCCCAAUGGGGACUGAGGACAUCCAGGAGGACACGGGCUCACCCCUGGGCUCGGGGGCUGCACCACCCUCUGCACAGACUGUGGCAAAGUGCUGCUGAGCUGCCCGACCUUCCAGGGCCUGCUUUUUUUUUUGUGUGUGUGUAUUAUAUAUGAAUGUAUCAUAGCUGGCAAUGAGGGUAUCUAAUAUAUACAGGGCUUCGGUUAUUUUUGCAGUGCGAAAAUAAAUUAUUUAUGCAACUCUCGGUUUAGAGGAAAGCCCAGGUCUUUAUGUUGUCCCUCUGUCUCAUGGCCUGUCUGUCUGUCUCUUACUUCUGGGUGGGAGAAAGGGCAGUGAGAGGAGAGGGGGAGAUGAUGGAUGGAGAAGGGACAAGCUAGGGAGAAAAUGAUGAUCUGGGGAGAAGAGGACGAAGGAAAAAGAGACGAUGGAUGGAGAUGUGAUGGAAACUGCCCUUUGUUUUGGCUGUUUUCAGGGCCAGGAUUAGUCGGCACUUCUCAAAGAGCCCAAACUGUGCUAAUAAUGUCUUCCCAUGUCUGACAGAGCCCAAAGUACCAGUGGGUUUAACCACUAAUCUUGCAUACCGCUGGGUUUAUUGCAAUCAUCCCUGAGCCAACGGGGUUUAUGGGGAUGUUUUGAUAUCGCUCAGCUGGGGGCUGAGCUGAUUGAGGGGGUUACGUUGUUCUCAGGACACCUUUAAUCCCCAGGAGCUGGCGAUGCUCUGUGUUGGGGUUCCUGAGCCAGGAGAUGCUCUGCUUUAAUUAAAAUGGAUGGUUUUGAUUGUCUCUUUCAAAUGGCAGCUAAAUCAAGUUCCACUUUAGCAAUGGGCUGUUUUCCAAGUGGAUGCUCAGCUCCCAUCUCACACCUGCUGUGGGAUGGAUGGGUAAUGGGGAUGCCUCCCUCCCCCCCAGCAAUUGAUUAAUAUGUUUUCAGUGUCCUCAGCGUGUGGAGGGACUGGACCUGUAGGAUAAGGCAGCUGUUAUCUGAUGGUGGGGAUGGGGGGAGCCAGAUCUGAUGGUUUCCAGAGAAGGGUGGAAAUGUUCCUCACAUUCAUAGGGUUGGGAUCAAACCCACCAUGGGAAAAUAAGGGAGAAUGAUGCUCUGAGAUCUU